AUGCUACUCUGGAGCUCGAGGUGCAGUAUCGGACUCGCACACUCCUGGUGUCGGACAGCCGCCCGACACCGGCGUUGCCCUCAUCGAUACCGCUUUCUCUUCACGUCUUUCGGCAAAUUAGCCAAAGAGGACGGCGAGGUUCAGGCGAACCGCCCGCUGCCGCUGAAGGAAUGGAGCCUGGAGGUCAGUCCCUUCAGCACGCUGCGAGCACGGCUUGGAUGUAGCAUCUCCGUCGGACCCCUUGACCCGCACGCCUUCCCUGAAGCGGACCGAGCCUUCAUCCUGGUCCGCGGAGAGGAGAAUUUAAAAGACGUGGAAGGAUUCCACGUACAGUACAACGACCAGGACAAGGAGUUGCUCAUCUCGACAGAAAAGGCUAAUGGCAGCUUGUCUGUUGAUGUUUCAAUACCCAUCAAGAGCAAUAUCUUUAUAAGCACCCACGCCGAAGGCAACGUCCAGGUGAAGAACAUGGAGUGUGACAUCUGCAAGGUGUACACAGAAAAAGGCAACUGUUUACUGCGUUCAGUCAAGGGCCAUCAGGUGGAGGUGCGUUCAGGUGGAGAUGUCACAGGCGAAGGCACUAUCCAUGGCAAUGUGGACAUUAGCGCUUUUGGAAAAGGGGCAGUUCGUGUUAAGAAGCUGCAGGGCACCGAGAUGAAAGUCUCCACAGAGCAUGGCGACCUGGCGGUCAAGGCCAUCUACGCUCAAUCCAGCUGCGUCUCCUCCCAUACGGGCAAAGUGGAGCUGGGACUCGUGCACGGUGAUGCCACUGUUAAGAACACAUCAGGUCAUACGCUUAUAGAUGGCUCCAAUGGCCUCUUGAAGGUUUCAUCUCAAAGUGGUGACAUCGAUGUGUAUGUGGGAGACGGUGCCAGCUCGGAGUUGAUUAGCACGGAAGGAACAAUGUGCGUCCGCGUGCCUCCUUCACUACAAGCGGACGUGGAACUCUGUGGAGCCAAGGUGGAUGUUAGCCGUGAUGUCAAGUUGCUUCAUGUUCAGGAGAACACUGCUGAAAAACAAACCAGACUUACCGGCUAUAUGAACUGUGAUGGUCCAGCACUGCAACGGAUCAAGGUGAUCACAGAAAGUGGAUCAGUCAGCCUCAGGACGCAAAGCUGGUUCCAGUCACUAAAACUGGGAGGCUGA